AAGCGCCGACAGGUCCGGCCUCCCGGAGAAGAGGGACCUGCGCGGCGCUUCCGGGAGCCGGGCGUCGCCGCCGGCACCCUCAGGCUCGGGCACUUUCCUAGGAGUCUCGGACCUUGAGACCGGAAGCCCCAGGUCCUGCGAGCCUCAUGCCCGUCCAGCCUCAAGGCAAAGACCCUGAAGAGAUGGAAGCAGAGGGUGAUUCAGCUGCUGAGAUGAACGGCGAGGAGGAUGAGAGUGAGGAGGAGCGGAGUGGCAGCCAGACUGAGUCCGAGGAAGAGAGUUCAGAGAUGGACGACGAGGACUACGAACGGCGCCGCAGCGAGUGUGUCAGCGAGAUGCUAGACCUGGAGAAGCAGUUCUCAGAGCUGAAGGAGAAGUUGUUCAGGGAACGGCUGAGCCAGCUGCGCUUGCGGCUGGAGGAAGUGGGGGCUGAAAGAGCCCCGGAAUACACAGAGCCUCUUGGGGGGCUGCAGCGGAGCCUCAAGAUCCGUAUUCAGGUGGCAGGCAUCUACAAGGGUUUCUGUCUGGAUGUGAUCAGAAAUAAGUAUGAGUGUGAGUUACAGGGAGCCAAACAGCACCUGGAGAGCGAGAAGCUGCUGCUGUACGACACCCUGCAGGGGGAGCUGCAGGAGCGGAUCCAGAGGCUGGAGGAGGACCGCCAGAGCCUGGACAUCAGCUCUGAGUGGUGGGAUGAUAAACUUCACGCCAGAGGCAGCUCAAAGACCUGGGACUCACUACCGCCCAGCAAGAGGAAGAAGGCACCUCUGGUUUCUGGAGAUCGACAUUCUGGAGGACUGGACUGCUAUCAAGAAGGCCAGGGCAGCAGUGUCCCCUCAGAAGAGAAAAGCGGAUGGACCAUGACCCUGCUCUUGGAGUGGCUGGCACCACACCAGGAUUCGCGUUUUCCUGCAGAGAGGCGGGGCUUCCCAGCAGGCUCUCCAGUGUGGCUACUGGAUCUCCCCCGCCAGCCAUUCCUGGCCUGGGCCCCUCCUCUGCACUCAUCAGUUCUGGCCGACCUAGCCAAGCAAGACUUUCUCCAUCCCUGACCAGCCCACCUCCCCCUCCUGAAGAGGAGCCUCUUUGCCCCCCAUCUUCCCACAGAGAAGAUGGACCUUGUCCUAAGCCCCAGCUUCAACCCUCCUUCCACCUUGGAUCCUGUUACCCCAGCCGCUGGGCCUCAAAGUUGUGUCCCACUGGUGGGGAACGCCCAGCCAGAAAUGAUAUAUUGAGGGCUUGUCUGUCCUGCCCCGAGGUGGCAGCCCUGUCCCUAGGUUUUCUCUGGACACUUCCCUGGUGUCUGCCUCCUGAAUUUUGAGGACUGGAAUUAAAACCUUUCCUGGGACUCCA